AUGCCAUCUCUUGUUGGAAAAGAAAUUGGCCCUACCGGCUAUGGCACCAUGGGCAUGACCUGGAGACCCCAGCCACCAGCCCAGGAAGUGUGCUUCGAAACACUCAACACGGCCCUUGAGCUUGGUGCUAACUUCUGGAAUGGUGGCGAGCUUUACGGCACCCCAGAGUACAACUCCUUGCACUUGCUGAACAAGUAUUUCACCAAGUACCCAGAGAACGCAGAGAAAGUCGUACUCAGCAUUAAGGGUGGACUUAAGAAGGGCGAGCUUGUGCCUGACAGCUCGGAAGCAAAUAUUCGUCGCAGCGUGGAUGAGUGUUUGCUUCAGCUCGAUGGCAAGAAGACAAUUGAUAUCUUUGAAUGUGCGCGACAGGACCCGAAGUUCUCUGUCGAGUCCACGAUUGAGGUCCUCGCCACUUAUGUGAAGGAAGACAAGAUCGGAGGUAUUGGACUGAGCGAAGUUGAUGCCGAGACUAUCCGUCGAGCCCACAAGGUGCACCCAAUUGCAGCCGUUGAGGUGGAGAUGUCCUUGUGGUCAACCGACAUCCUAGAGAACGAUAUUGCUAAAACCUGUGCCGAGCUUGACAUCCCUGUUGUGGCCUACUCGCCUCUCGGCCGCGGUGUUUUGACCGGAGCAGUGACCUCGCUCGCUGACAUCCCUGAAGGUGACAUCAGACGUCACAUCGCCCGUUUCAAGGAAGAGAACUUCCAGCAGAACCUCAAGCUUAUCAACGAGGUCAAUGACCUGGCAGCUCGCAAGGGUGUUGCUCCUGCUCAGAUUGCACUGGCUUGGGUGCGCAGUCACAGCGCCAAGCCCGGAAUGCCUACGAUUAUUCCGAUCCCCGGUGGCACUACAAAGGAUAAGGUCAUCCAGAAUAUGGGAGGUGUACAGGUAUUGAGUGACGAGGAAAUGGCUGAAAUUGAUGCUAUCUUGAAGAGUAACGUUGUGGCUGGUGCUCGGUACUAG